CCCAAAAAGAAAAUAACUAUCAAAACUUAUGAUGAGGAAGAGCGUUCUUCUAAAGGGACCGUGGUGUUGCCAAUCAAAAUAGGACCAUUUUCAAUUUCAAGAUGAGCAGCAGGUUUCUGGCUUCCAAUAAUUUGAGAGGACUUAGAGACAUUUUGUACUGCACUAUAUUUGGCAUGCUUUAUGAAUUACACCAGUAGUUUUGAGAAUACUUGAAACGAUCAUCCUUCUGUAGAUUGAAUAACACUCCACAUUUUGUACGCUUCAAUUACAAUCAUAAAAUGCCAUUGCCAUCCACCAUUCGUCUCAAUCUUACAGCAUAUGUUGAUGGAGGCGCUUCACAUUCUGCUUACUACACACAACCCCCCUGAAUACUGCUCUACAUAUCUUCAUUUAUUGCAGACCUGCAUUCUCAAGAAAACACUUUCACAAGGGAGAAAAUUCCACUCUUUCAUCACUCACAGGCGAUUCGCCUUCGCUACACGCAAACGUUUGCAUAAUAAGCUUAUUUACGUGUAUGUCCAGUGCGGAAGUUUGGAGGACGCACGAAAAGUGUUUGAUUUCUUCAAAGAACGAGACAGUGUCUCGUGGAAUACGAUUAUCGCAGCGUACAGAAGGCAUGGGUAUCCUCAAGAGGCAGUCACUCUGUUUCACCAAAUGCAAGAAAUAGGUUUCCAACCCGAUAAGUUCACAUUUGCCAGUGUACUCCCAGCUUGUGCCAAACUAGGAGCUUUGGAACAGGGUAUAGGCAUCCAUAGAAGCAUAAUGGAAGCGGGAAUUUCGUCAGAUAUUACAGUUGGAAAUGCUCUGAUUGACAUGUAUGCAAAAUGUGGAAGCAUAGACAAGGCACGUGAAUUGUUUGACAAAAUGCCUCAAAGAGAUGUUAUUUCAUGGAAUGCGAUGAUUGCAGGAUACAUACAAAAUGGAUUUGUUGAUAAAGCCUUAGAAACUUUCAAGCAAAUAAAAUUGGCAGGUGUAGAGCCAAACUCCACAACCUUUGCUAGCAUCCUCCCUGUCUGUGCCAAAAUGGGAGCUUUGGAACAGGGUAUGGACAUCCAUCAAAGCGUAAAGGAUAGAGAAAUUUUGUCAGACGUUGUAGUUGCAACUGCCCUGGUUGACAUGUAUGCAAAAUGUGGACGCAUAGACAAGGCAGUGGAACUGUUUGAUAGAAUGCCUCAGAGAAAUCUGGUCUCAUGGACUGCAAUGAUUGCAGGAUACACACAAAAUGGAUUAGUUGAGAAGGCUCUAGAAACUUUCAAACAAAUGCAAUUGGCAGGUGUAAAGCCAAAUUCUACAACCAUUUGCAGCAUCCUCCCUGCCUGUGCCAAAAUGGCAGCUUUGGAACAGGUUAUGGACAUCCAUCAAAGCAUGAAGGAUAGAGAAAUUUUGUCAGAUGUUGUAGUUGCAACUGCUCUGGUAGACACAUGCAAAAUGUAGAAGCAUGGACAAGGCACGUGAAUUGUUUGACAAGAUGCCUCAAAGAGAUGUGGUCUCAUGGACUGCAAUGAUUUCAGGAUAUGUGCAAAAUGAAUUUGUUGAAGAGGCUUUAGAAUCUUUCAAGCAAAUGCUACUGGCAGGUGUAAAACCAGACUCCACAACCUAUGCCAACGUCCUAUCUGCCUGUGCCAAAAUGCGAGCUUCGAAACAGGGCAUGGACAUCCACCAUAGCAUAACGGAAGGAGGAUUUUUGUCAGAUAUUAUUGUUGGAAAUUCUUUGGUAGAUAUGUAUGCAAAAUCUGGAAGCAUAGACAAGGCACGUCAACUGUUUGACAGAAUGUCUGAAAGAGAUGUCAUUUCAUGGAAUGCAAUGAUUGCAGGAUAUGCACAAAAUGGAUUUGUUGAGAAGGCUUUAGAAACAUUCAAGCAAAUGCAAUUUGCAGGUGUAAAGCCAAAUUCCACAACUUUUGUCAGCAUUCUCCCUGUUUGUGCCAAAUUGGGAGCUUUGGAACAGGGUAUGGACAUCCAUCAAAGCAUAAUGGAAGGGGGAAUUUUGUCAGAUAUUAUAGUUGGAAAUGCUCUGGUGGACACGUAUGCCAAAUGUGGAAGCAUAGACAAAGCACGAUAACUGUUUGACAGAAUGCCUCAAAGAGAUGUCAUUUCAUGGAGUACAAUGAUUGCAGGAUAUGGACAAAAUGGAUUUGAUGAAAAGGCUUUAGAAACUUUCAAGCAAAUGCAAUCGGCAGGGGUAAAGCCAAAUUCCACAACGUUUGUCAGCAUCCUCCCUUCCUGUGCCAAAAUGGGAGCUUUGGAACAGGGUAUGGACAUCCAUCAAAGCAUAACGGUUGGGGGAUUUUUGUCAGAUACUAUGGUUGGCAAUGCUCUGGUGGACAUGUAUGCAAAAUGUGGAAGCAUAGACAAGGCACGUGAACUGUUUGAUAGAAUGCCUCAAAGAAAUGUCAUCUCAUGGAAUGCAAUGAUUUCAGGAUAUGCACAAAAUGGAUUUUGUAAGGAUGCUCUCAAAACCUUUGAAUCAAUGAACCACUUUGGCACAUAUCCUGACGUUUUAAGCUUUGCUUGUGUUCUAUAUGCAUGCAGCCAUGCAGGUUUGGUGGAUGAGGGCUAUACAUACUUCAAUCACAUGAGUAACCCUUUUUGCAUUACACCUACAAUUGAUCAUUAUGUGUGCAUGGUUGACCUUCUUGCCCGUGCUGCCUAUCUUGAGGAAACCCUAAACUUUAUCAUUAAGAUGCCAGUUAAACCUGUGGUGGUUGUGUGGAUGUGUUUUCUGAGUGCCUGUAGAACGCAUAUGAAUAUAGGCUUAGGAGUAUUUACAGCAACACUCCUUUUUGAUUUGGAUCCUAAAAACGCUGUGACUUAUGUUCUUCUCUCAAACAUCUAUGCAGAAGUGGGAAGAUGGGGUGAGGUUCAAAUGGUAAGGAGAUUGAUGAAAGAUAGUGGAAUUAAAAAAACCCCUGGAUGUAGUUGGAUUGAAGGCGAUAAAAUGAUACAUGUUUUUUGUGCAGGAGAUAGAUCACAUCCACAGACACAAGAGAUCUAUGCAAAGUUGCAGAAAUUGGCUGGGGAGAUGAAGGCAGCGGGAUAUUUUCCAGAUUCAAGAUAUUUACUUAAUGAUGUGGAAGAGGAGGAAAAAGAAUUGUUUCUCUGCCACCAUAGCGAAAAAUUGGCAAUUGCAUUUGGUAUCUUUGUCCGCACGGAAGUUGCAAGGAAAGCCAAAGGCUAUCAAUGGAUUUCCUGGGGAUUGCAAGUAAGUUCUGACUGGUAAAUGUUCUAUUAUAAAAUGUUCUUGGCCUUAGUGUUGUAGCUGCACUUGACGGUGCUAGAUCAAGGCUAAAUACCCAAGCUAUUUUACUUGCAUUUUGUACAUUUCCAGAUUUGGUUCAGUUCUAGCGAAUACAAUAAUGAUGAGGAACUUGCUUCCGCAUUCAAAGAAAUUGGCCAUUCUGCAUACACUAUUAAAUGCAAGUUGGACAGAUGCUUUUUUAAACAGUCUCAAUCUAUGCCAAAACAAUGCUUUGGAACAGGCUAUAGUUCUGUCAAUUGUUUGAUAAAAUGACUGCAAGAGUUGUAGUCACAAAGGCUGCUUGUUCAUGAUUGUGUUGUCACCACUUACAUAGUGCAUUGAGUUUGUCACUACAGCUGGAAUUGGUAUGUCAUGCAUCUGAACUGAUUUUUAUUUUUAUUUCAGAUCAAAUAUUUGGCUUAGCACAUGUUGAUCAUAAUCUGUGGGAUUAUUUCUCUCCAACUGUAUCAUGUACUAUAUAGGAAUGUUCAAAUAUCAUAUUCUUCUUCCUUUAUCUAAGUAUCUAUCAUUUGGGUCGUAUUCUAUUUUUAUGUUUCCUUUCAUUAGUGUUCCGCACAUAGUUGUUUCUUGCCGCUUCAGAGCUAGCAGUUACUGAUUCAAAUUUCUUAAUCAUAUGUCUUUUCAGUUUUCAUUAAUGCUCCAAAUCUUGAUGUAUGUUUGACUCCACAACACUUACAAUUGUGGAAUUUAGCUUUAGACCUGCCAGUUGCAUUUGCUUGAAAGCGUUUUCUGCAUUUCUUGCAAUCAUGUCAUUCCAAGAGAAUUUGCUUGAAAGUCUUUCCUAUAAAGUAGAGACUAUUGUUUUCACAUAACAUAUUUGGUAUAAGUUUUUAAUUUAAGAGUUUGUGCAGCAUGUAUUGCUACAGAUGCCAGAAUAUGCAUGCAAAGAUUUGAUGAAAAGCUUUUGAAAUUCUUAAGUAAAUGCAAAUGGUAGGUGUAAAAUGGACUCGACUACCUUUCCCAUCUUCCCUCAUGACCUACCCUUAAAUGGGACUUGUCUAACAGGGUAUUGAAGUUCUGUCCAGGAAUAAUCAGAAUUAUCUUCUCCGUGGUAUAGAUUAUAGGCAACAGUGCAUGUGAAUUGUUUGGCAACAUGACUCAAAUAUAUGUGCUCUUAUGGGGUGCAAAUCAAAUUAAUCAAUGGACUUGUUGAAAAGGCUUCAGAGACCUUGUGCAAAAUAGGUGUUGCAUAGAAUAAGGUAUACAUCUGUUUUUCCUACAUUUCUAAUUAUUUUCGCACCCUGCCCUUAAGGUGGAGACUAAUGUUUCCAUUGCAAAUAAUCCAUGCUUCAGAAACCGUGCCAUCAUUUUUGUCCUAUGGGAUAUGGUGAUUUCUUUAUAAAAUGAUUUCUCUCCUCAUUUUUUCUUUAUUCUGAUUGAGCCUUCGUAAUUUUGCCAGGAGUUAAAAAAAUCUCCUGGCCAAUGAGCAAUGAGCAGGGAAAACUUUAGGAGUUAUUCACUAAUGUUUUCUUUUUUCCAGGGGUUUCUGAUUUUUUGAUUAAAAUUUGGAAAAAAAAUCUCCUGGCCAAUAAGCAAUGAGCAGGGAAAACUUUAGGAGUCAGAGGAAUGUGGCAUUUUGCAAUACACUUCACGUGCCUUGUCUUUGCUUCCACAUUUUGCAUUCAUGAAUACCAGGGCAUUCUUAAAACAAUUCACGUGCUUUACCUUUCGUUUCACCCUAUUCUUUUUUGGUAGGUGAUUUCAAGAAGCAGACACUUUCCUCUUUCCAUAGCAACUUGCUUGGCAAGCAAAGGAUUCGAAGGCAAAUUUCAUUGCCCAGGCCAUGGCUGCCUUGCAAAUUUCUUAUUGAUAAUCUGUUUUGUUUUCUUUUUGUGUGUCUGCACUAACCCAAAUCAAGGCAACCUCUAGGAAAAAUUGCUUUUUUUUUUCGUUUUUGCUGUAUGUGGGUUACUUUGUUACUAUGUUUUAAUGCAUAUUUGUAGGAGACUGCGCAAACUGCUUAGCCCUGGAGACAACUUAUUCUUCAUUUGUUAACAAGCAUGGUUUACUCUAUCUGCCUUACCAAACCAUCAACAACUAUAUUGCAUGUAAAAUCAUCCAGUUUGCACCCAUCUUCUUCCAUUCCUUGCAACAUUUUGCAAGUCAAAUCCACCUCAACAUUUUUUAGGAGACUGUUCAGGAUUGAAUUGUAAGUGAUAACAUUUGGAGGGCACUUGUUUGCCUUCAUUUUGUCAAAUAACUCAAUGGCUUCCUUGACAUUGCCAUCUUUGCCAACCUCAUCCACCAGAAUGUUAUAUGUUACAGCUGUAGGUGAUAAACACAUCUGCUGCAUUUUGUCAAAUAUUUUCCAUGCAUCAUUUCCUCUAUCUGCCUUGUAAAGAAAUUCAAUCAAACUAUUAAUUGUGGUUUCAUCUGGGGUUGUGUUGAUGUGUUUUUCAUGCACAUGCGAACACAAAAUAAAAUACCAAGGUAUCUUAUCCUCUCUUGAAUAAAGUUUCCCCGAAUGCUGAAGAUUUCGCCUAAGGAUCAAUCGAGAAGACUCAAAGGUUCUUAUAUAUAGGGUCUCUACGUGUGGAUAAGCUCUUAUGGUGUGAUGUGAUUAUGCUAGAAUCACAAGGGGACUUAAUUCGAAUGCCUGAGCGUCUGAUUUGCCGGAACGUGAAUCCUAUCUACUGGCUGGAAGAUAAAGAAAUAUCAAAAGGUGCAAGGUAUGGAGAAUCUAAUCUAAGACCUAGAAUGCAAGAAGAUGGAUGAACGACUAGGUGGAGUCCUACUGGGUUGGGUCUCACCAUCAGGUUGAACAAUCCAACACCACCUCAGUGCGAUCUUCUAAGGAAUGCUUCGAAUAUGUUCAAAUCGUACACUAUCAGACACUGAACACCAUUCAAGUUAAUGCAUGAACAAUAGAGGUGUAACGACUUGAAUUUAAGCUCAUUCUAUGCCAGUUGACCACGCAGGGCGCACUUACAAUCAACAAGAGGCUAGUGGUUUGGACUAGGCGGAUUUCACGCGAGUGCAUUCAAUAACUUCAUUCAAUAUAAUUAACCACCAUUUAAAAUGAAGAUUCAACAAGAGACCAUGCGUAUUGCAAAGUAACGACACAUUUCACCAUAACUUCAAUGAAAAUGGAGUUCAUUUACAAUCAAAGCAACAAUUUCUUGCCAUCUCCUCCUAAUUUACUCUAACUUCUAUUCUAUUGACUAUCAACUUAUUGACUAUUGGUUGUUCAAACCACUAUUAACUAACUAUUAUCCUUUACAAAUGAAGAGCCAAAGCUUUAUAUAGAGAGCUCUUUACAUUUCAAUGGCUCUGAUUGAUUUACAAUCAAUGGCUAGGAUUACAAGAUAGAAAACCCUAAUUAGGGUUUGUUAUAACAAACUCCUUAGCCAAUGAGAAAAUUACAUUCAAUGAGUGUGGACCAAUAGGAAGCAGGGGUAGGUACACUGAAGUUUGUGCCAUCACUGUUGAGUUAGGUACACUGAAUCUGGACAUGCUGAGGUGGACCUGUCCAAUUGGAGGAACGGUGACUGGGACGCCACCUUGUUAGGUACUUGCUUGUAUCUCUUGAUAUUUGAUGAAAAGCUUAUCUUUGAUUAACUCUUAUGAAACUAUCUGCUUCUUCACUGUACCCUUGAACUGACCUUGGUUGAUCCUCCUUCGUCCUUGAUGCGAUGAAUGAUGCACUCCUUGAUUCUCUAUGUGCUUGAUGAGGCUUCCUUACUAUCAAGUUUUUCUUUCUCUGGUAGCAUACCUCGCCUUGAAGUGUUGGUAAGGUCAUUCUUCUCUGCCAUCAUGUGGUUCCUUUGUGUGGCGAAAUGAAGGUUUUGGAGAUAGCUUGCAACUCCUCGAGCACUUAUAGUCUUCCAACGGUUCAAAACACCUUGAGUCCUCCUUUAUGCAUUUGGAAUGUCCUUGAUGAUGAUGGGACUGGAAUAGGUCGUCCUUGUCCUGGCCUGAUCCUCUUCCAUCUGCAAAACAAACCAAAAGAUGAUUAAGUAUACAUGAUAUAUUUAUCCCAACAUAGCAUUUCUUACCUUAAAUCAUUAACAAGAAGUCAUCAAAAUAGAAUUCGCUUAGGAUCCUCUCUAGGGACAAGCCCUAUGAGAAUUUCGCUCUAGACCCUUUGGAAGGGUCAGGAGCGAAAUUUGAGUUUUAGCUCAAUUAGACCCCAUUUUCAAUAUUUCACAAUCUUGGACUUAACCUUCAAACCUCCUCCACUCAUGAUCUCACAACUAGCCCUUUGCCCAGCUCAAACAAGGUGAAAAAUAGGGAUUUCAAAAGAUUUCGCUCUGGACCCUUUGGAAGGGUCAGGAGUGAAAUUCAUGAUUAAGACACAAUUCCAUUCCUUCCUUGCUCCAAAUUGCCUCUCAAGGUAAGUAUACAUUAAUCUUUGCUCCACCAAUGCCUAGGAAUACAUAUUUUGGCCUCCAUCAUGAGCAAAUUAGGUGUUUUCAAGAAUUUCGCUCUGGACCCUUUGGAAGGGUCAGGAGCGAAAUUCAUGAUUUGCUUGUUUUCCCUCACUCAGCUCUAUCCUUUCUACUUCGUUUUACCUUGACUCUCACCUUUGGAUCCCUCUCUCAUGAAGGCAACACUUGUUUGAGCCCCAAGAAGGCCUGAAAGGAGAAAUUCGCUCAAAACCAUGGCCAGGGACAGGUGCUAUUUAGAAUUUCGCUCUGGACCCUUUGGAAGGGUCAGGAGCAAAAUUCAUGUCUUGGACAAAAUCCUUCAUCUCCUUCACUUACAAUCACUUCCUAAGGCAAGAACAUAUCAAUCUGCCCCCACUAUGUCCAAGGAACAAGGAUGUUGGCCUAAACAAGGAAGAAAAUAGUAUUUAUGGAGAAUUUCGCUCUAGACCCUUUGGAAGGGUCAAGAGCGAAAUUCUUAUUCUAGGUUAAUUUCACACUUCUUCCAUUCAAUCCACCUUCAAACUUGAUCAAACUCACCUCUUCUCACCACAAUCAAGUGAAUUUGCCACUCACUUAGCUCAAAACAAGGUCCUUUCAAUGUCUUAGGCAAAAUAGAGGGUCAAGUUGAGGAUUUUGCUCUGGACCCUUUGGAAGGGUUAGGAGUGAAAUUCCUAUUUUGAGUUGAUUUUCACCACUUCAUUACCACAAUCCACCUUUCAAAGCCAAGAACACAUCAAAAUCUUUCCAACCAUGCCUUGGAAGUCAAAAACUUGGCCAUAACAAGGAGGAACAUAGAGGUUAUGGGAAUUUCGCUCUGGACCCUUUGGAAGGGUCAGGAGCGAAAUUCUUCCUUGAGCUCAUUUUACACUUCUUUUCUCCCUUCCUUGCCUUGGAUAUAACUUCUCACGCCUUUUCCUAUCAUUAUCAAGUCAAUUUGCUCCUCAAAUUGACAUUUACUUCAAGAUUUUGUGAAGAAAUAGGUUCCUACAAGAAUUUCACUCUGGACCCUUUGGAAGGGUCAAGAGUGAAAUUCAUCUUUGGUCUCAAAUCCUAACUUCAUUUCCCACAUUUCCUUAUCCAAACAAGUGUUUUGCCUUCACUAAUCCCUUGGAAUGAGUUAGUUCCUAGUUUGGGGUCAAGGUAGAAUGUCUUAUGGAGGAAUUCGCUUUGGAAGGGUCAGGAGCGAAAUUCAUGAUUAGCUCAAGUUUCUUGACCUUUUCCACUCAUCAUGCUUUAAACUUGUCUUCUUGAAUCCUCUCCUUGCCAUUCAAGUCCAUUAUUUGAUGUCCUUAAUCAAGAAAUAAGCAAUAAGGAGGAUUUCGCUCUGGACCCUUUGGAAGGGUCAGGAGUGAAAUUUGCAAUCAUGUCCAAAUUCCUCACUUCUCAUCACUUCUCCUUGUUGCAAACAUUAAUGCUCUCUUCAUACCACCAUAAGGACAAGGUUUCUUAUGUAAAUUAGGACCAGGAAAGAGAAAUUCGCUCUGGACCCUUUGGAAGGGUCAGGAACAAAUUUAGUGAAUUUGCCUUAGACACCACUCAAACGUUCAAAGUUCUCCCUCAAUCACAUUGCUCUUACCUCUAACAAACCACCUUGAGGAGUUCCUAGCUCAAAAUUUUGGAUUACAAGGACAUUUUAACCAUUUUGCCCAAGUACCCCUGGAAGGACAAGACCUAUCCUAGAAUUUCGCUCUGGACCCUUUGGAAGGGUUAGGAGCGAAAUUCAUCCUUGAGGCUCAAAGUUUGACCAUUUCAUCAAAUUUCCAAGUCUAGACUUGUCCAAGGCACCCUCGAAGGAUAAAUAGGUUAGCUUCAUAUCAAUCAAUGCCCAGGACUUCAUCUUUUAUCAAUUUGACCAAUCCCAGACCUUCAAAGAUGAUACUUACUCACAAAACUUCACUGACCACCUCAAACUUAGACAUGACAUAACCUAGCAAUAAGAGCAAAACUUGACCUGGAGAAGGCUUUCAAAGAAACCCUGACCUGGACCACCUACUGACCCACCUCACCUUAAGCAGAGCCUGCUAUCCUAAUGAUCACCCUGGCAACUUUCACUACAAAGACUAAUAGACAAGAACCUAAAAGACAAGAAAACAAACCCUAGAAAGCAAAAAGUAAGGGUCCCCAUUUGCAAUGGGGCGAUGUGUGAAUACGUCACAACAGGUUGUUUUGGUGGAUUGCAAUAUCACCUAGCCCCAACAAGUUCAUCGUAUGUCUUUUUCAGUUUUCAUUAAUGCUCCAAAUCUUGAUGUAUGUUCGACUCCACAACACUUACAAUUGUGGAAUUUGGCUUUACACUUGCCAAUUGCAUUUGCUUGAAAUCUUUUUCUGCAUUUCUUGCAAUCAUGGCAUUCCAAGAGAAUUUGCUUGAAAGUCUUUCCUAUAAAGCAAAGACUAUUGUUAUCAUGUAACAUAUUUGGUACAAGUUUUCAAUUUAAGAUUUGUUGUAGUAUGUAUUGCUAAGGAUGCUAGAAUGUGCAUGCAAUAGAUUUGACGAAAAGCUUUUGAAAUUCUCAAGUAAAUGCUAUGGCAGGUGUAAAAUGGGCUUGACUACAUUUCCAAUCUCCCCUCAUGACCUAGCCUUAAAUGGGAGUUGUCUAACAGGGUAUUGAAUUUCUGUCCAGGAAUAAUCAGAAUUAUCUUCUUCAUAGUAUACAAUUAUAGGCAACAAUACAUGCGAAUUGUUUGAGAGAAAAGCUCAAAUACAUGUGGUCUCAUGGGGUGCAAAUUGAUGGACUUGUUGAAAAGGUUUCACAGACCUAGUGCAAAAUAAGGGUUGCACUUACACUUAAGGUAUACAUAUGUUUUGCCUACAUUUCUAAUUAUUUUUGCAUAGUGCUAAGUAGGGGUUUGGGGUCAACUAGGUUUUACAGCUUGAUAUUUGUCUAUAUAAUAUUUAUUGUUAUUAUAUGUUCUUAAGAGUGUAUGGUUACCAUAAAGAUUAAGGGAUUUGUCAUUUCCUGACCAUUGAUUGCUUAUUUCAAAAGCUUGUGUUUGCAGAGCAAAUGACUCCAAGACAGGUUUCUUACUACAGCUUUAUGCAUUUUUCCAUUGUAGUGGUUCCAUGAUCUUUAAUGUUCAUUUGAUAGGGCAGGUUAUUCUUACACCUUUGAAUACUAAUUUUACUUUGUAUUAUGUUUCUGUCAUAUCAUAAAUUAUAUAUUACAUCUAUGCAAGUGAACUGUACAUGGCUCCCUUCAAUUUGAUUCUAGUACUCACCACUCUCAAAAAAGAGAUCUCCUAUUAUAAUAACAUGAUUGAAACUUUUCCCGGUAACCUAUAACAUAUGUCAUUUUCUUAUAGAAUUUUAUAUGUUAUAUGCAAUUCCUCUAGUCUUGUUGCACUUUUUGAUAACUUUGAUACUUUAUUAACAUGAUACAAACAACUGACAUCGUCCUCUCAGUUUGCUGUGCAGUAGGAAUUUCGACACAAUCAAAGGGCCAAAGGUAUGUGUUACAAACUUACAAGGCUACUAUUAAUGUCAGAGAUAUUAAAUACUAUUUUAUAAACCAAUCAGACUUGAUCAUUUUAUUAUAUUCUGGAAAUAGUUAGUUUUGACAAGUAAAUCAUUGUAAUUUCCUUACAUAGAUCACCUUUCACUGAACAAGCUAAAUAUUUAAUUCCUAAUAAAUGUUGUUUACAGAUUAGCAGAGAAAUAGUUUAUUCUGUGCUCUGAUCACUCGUAUUCUAGUUAAUAUGCAUAAUUUUUACUCAUUUUCUAUUUUAUCCAUUUAGAACUACACAUUUUGUGGAAAAGUUUUCCUCAUUCUAUGUAUUGCUUUUGUUCUUAUGUAAGGAACAAGCUACACAUGCAAAAAUGGAAUAUUGUUGGCCCUUUUAUUUCACCUUCAUUUAAAAUUCUCACAGAAACAUUAACAUAUCGUGACGAUGUCUCACUCAUUUUUACAAUGGUUUGGGAGGAAUAUUUGGAUUUCAAUUUUGAAUCGUUUCACUGUAAUGCAGUCAAACUGUGGCUGAAUUGACUGAGUAAUUUCGAUGAUUUUUUAGCAUCCUGUCUUUGAUAUCAUGGCUUACGAGGUGCAUAUUUAGAUUAGAUCUAUAACUUGCGCUAUGGCAAGAUCUUGCAUGUUGCCUAGGCUAUACAUUCAGGAGGAUCGAAUGUUUCCCUAUUCAAACUAUUUUCUUUUUGUCUCCAAUUCACAAAUUCCUACAUUCUUCAAUGCACAUCCACCAACAUCCCCAUUUCUCUCGUGGCAAAGCAAUUUCAAGGAAUGCCCUUAAUAGGACAACAUUCUUCCAUCCCUAUUCUUGGAGCCUGCGCCAACACUUCAAUUCUCUUUGAUUUUAACUUUAUAGAUCCAGCGACGAACUAUCUGACCCUUUAUAUGUCUUGACUUUAAUUUUCUAAUUUCAUACAUAUUGAAAUUUUAUUGUUGAUUAUAUAAUAAUUUGGGGCUUUUUCCCCUGUUUUGAAGGUGUGCUCAUAGUGUUCUUGAAAGCCAACAGGCGUACAACUGACAAAAUUCCAUGCCAGGUCAGUAAAUGUGUAUAAUGAUGUUCCUUCAAAUAAGGUAGGUUUGGUUUUGAAUUAUGUACUUUGUAUUUAGCACAUUGUAAAGUGAAUCUCAAAUGUUAUUAAAUAUCGCUGAUUGUAACUCUAAACAAUUGUUUCAAAGGGUAGACGAGCUUUAAACGAUAGAGGGUUAGCAGGGUGUCCAGUACAAUUGUUUUUCCUAUCUUGUAGGGCUCUGUUACAAGAUCGUACACCAAAAAAGGUAUCAUGUAAUUAAAUGAGGUGGACAUUGACAUUAUUUAAUUUGCAUAUUCUAUUAAAUGUGUGUCUUCAUUUUGACAAAGAUCUGAUCUCAUAUUUAUAGCAUGUGAGCAAAUAUGGAUGUUGUUUGCAGGCUCAAGUAAUUAUAUUUUGUCUGGCAAUGGAAGCUUCUCUUGUACAAGACAACCACUCCAUAGCCUCAAAGCACAACAAUUUCAGUGUCAUUGUCAAUUGUCAGGCAUGUGUUAGGCAAGCCCAAGUCCAUUAAAUGGAAUGCCUCUACUAAUUGCACAAGCUAACCAGUGAUACAUUUUUGCCAAUUUUUUGCAUUAGGCGGGACUAUAGCUGCAGUGCAGCUCUUGUUGAAUUCGUUUUCACAAAACCUACAUAGGAGGAAAGGCAUAAUGGGGAAAAACAAAGGGUGAGGAACACUUAAAUUAAAUGGAAAGAUGCUCCACCAGUAGCAAAUGGGAUAGGAAGGCUCACAAUUACCCUUGUCAUUUUAUAAAGUUUUUUAUUUGGAUUGAUUGUAUUAAUUUUG